AUGUCAUCCAGCGUCAGUCCUCAUCAUCACCGUGAUCCCCUUUUGAAAGCUGUUGAUCAAGGGCUGGCCACCCUCGAAGCCGCAGCACAUAAGAGUCUCGGGAGUCCAGGUACCGGGAACUUUACCGCCGCGCACAGAGCUAUUUUUCUUCAAGCUUCUAAACUACGUUCUUGUCUACCACCCAAUGGGCCUGAAAGAGCAGUGGGCCUGAUAGCAACGCUCCUGUUGCGAUGGCUGGAAAGGGCGGACAAUUUGUCAGAGAGCACUGGCCAAUACGAACUCUUUGCAGGCCCCGAGAUCCGAUUUCAAUCCAUCUUAGGAUCCGUCGAGGAGUGCAGCAAGCUGGCAGCGGAACUGAGAGACACUCGCAAAAGCCUAGCACUACACCCAGACAACACCGCGAACGCGGCAACUGAAAACGCGGCAACUGAGAAGGUGCAAAAACAAGAGGCCUCGACUGCAACAGUGCUGUACGACGAGUUUGUCCACCCUAUAGCCACCGUUUUAUUCGACGGCAUCUCGCAAGGGCGAUGCCAUAACCGAGAGCUACGGCUACGACUCGGCGGCGCUCCGCGCGCCCGUUCAUCGGAUGAUGGCCGGUAUUUAGAUCUCUUGAUCGAGAAUGCAUGGGGGGAUACCAAGGGCUGGCUGCCCGUGCGCCUACACUCGAAGCCUACGGAGGAGAUGAAGGAAUCUAUCAAGAUGAUCCAGACCACGGGCAAAGGCAAAGCCGCCCCGCCAUCGCCACUCAAGAAAAGAGACGCGAAUGAGUUCAUAUCCACGCCGAGAAGUAGCUUUUCGUCAAAUCUAAGAAGCGGAAUACUCUACGGAAAUACCUUGAAACGAGUCGGAUCAAAGUUGAAAAGUGUCUUGUCCUUCGAAAAGAAAAAUGAGAGCGCCUUUUCGGUACAUCGGCAAAGCAAACGCGUCUCGUGUUCAGACCGCGAACGCGACGGUCGACCUCUUGAUGAAAACUCGUGGAGGAUCAAGGACGCGAAGUCGCAUGAUCAGAUAUACGACCAUUUAAAGGAAGUAGACCCGGUUUUCAAGACACAUCUGCAUCAUUUCGAACUUGAUGGCGCCAAGCGCUGGCUCUUGCACAAGCACGAUACAGAAGACAAGGACGGGUACGAAUAUGAGCACAGUCUCGGCGAGCUGGCCUCAAAGAUGAGAUGGGGUGAGAAUCAAAGAAUGGCGAUUUUUUUCCAUCUUGCGUAUGCUUUGUCAUGUUACUACGAGAGUCGCUGGCUCACUGGACAUUGGGACCCCGAAAAUAUCAGCUUCUUCAAGCACGGGUCUCACAUUCCAUGCGAGCCCUGGCUGAAACUGUUGCCGACGACGCCUUUAGCAAAGUACAAGGCGUCCGACAGAAUAUAUCACCCACAAAUCCUCGAACUGGGGGUCCUCUCGCUAGAACUCGAACUCGGACAGCCCAUCGCGCAGUUCUUGAAUCUAGCGACCGCUGCAGACAUGCACGGUCGCUGGGGACAGGCCAGUCGCGUCUGGGCCAAAUCGCUGAAGAAUGGAAACCUCAGCAUAGCCUCCGGAACCUACCGGCAGGCGAUCGACUUUUGUCUGCAGGAGGACCACGUCAAAGACCCGGUCGUCUUUCGCCGGAUGAUCUGGGAUCAGGUCGUGCUCCCUCUGCGCGCAACCUUGCCGGACGAGAACAUGGCAAAGAUGGAUCUCGCCGGGGUCCCGGAGCCUACGGCUUCCCAGCGCGUCAACGCCGAUGGGACUUGGACUCCGUUUACCGUUCGUAGGAGCAUCGAUACCGCGACUUCGAUGUACCGCAAUGCAAGCCGCGAGUCGGCGGGACCGUCCAUCGGGAAAUCAACGUUAUACCACACGAGCUUAGAAUACCUCAGCCUGCCGGAGAAGCCGAUUUUACAUGCCGCGAGCGUCGCAGACAGUCCGCCUCGAAUCCCGAAUCAUGCACCAACAGCCGCGGACAGCGGGACCGCCUUGGGGCCUGGCCGUGCUGCCCUCGGCCAGCCAUCACUGCCACAAGACGAGCCCUACAAGGCCUCUAAAGCAUGGAUCGAAAAUUUCAAAGCGGUCAUCAACGGCAAUCAAGGAGGUGGCGCCUCCAACACACGGGUCAAGGUCGCCUUGCUGGAUACGGGCAUCGACACAGAGCACGACUUCUUCCAAGAAUCUUGCGACGAUGGAGAACCGCGCCUGAACCCCAGAAUUAAAGAGAUCUGCUCCUGGGUGGAUGGAAACAAAGGUCAGAGGACCACGAAUGGUCGUGAUGAGUGUGGCCACGGAACCUCCGUCGCCAACCUCCUCCUUGACCUAUGCCCAAACAUCGACCUUUACGUGGCUAGAGUUUCCAAAACAUUGGAGUUCGAGAGUGGCGCGGCUGCCAACAUCAAGAACAAUACGUGGCAGGUUGACAUCGUCAACCUGUCCGCCGGGUUUCCCGAACCCAUUGGGGAGAUCGAGGCGGCGAUCGACGAGAUUACGGGGCCCUCCUGGCCCGAUAAGCAGGUCUUGGUGUUCGCCGCGGCCUCCAACAGCGGGCCGGACGAGCCCCGGUGGUUCCCAGCCAGCUGCCACUCCGUCUUUGGCAUGCACUCCACCAACGCGGACGGCGACUGGUCUCGCUUCAACGCGGAUCCGAAGUGCGACGCCAACUUUGCCAUCCUGGGGGAGGACAUUGAGUCGGCGUGGCUGACGAGCAGCGGUAGCACCAGUGCCACUCGGCGCUGCUGCGGCACGUCCUACGCGACCGCAAUCGCCGUCUCCCUGGCGGCGUUUCUCUUCGCGCUGGUCCCUGCCAUCGUCUCGAGCCAUAAGAAAUGCUACUACAAGGUGUACAGGUUCCAGGGGAUGCAGACACUGCUGCAGGAGCUGGCUCGGCAACCCGAGGGCCAAUUUCGCUAUCUCAACUUGGCAAGGUACUUUAGCAGUUCCCGGAACACAAUAGAAGGUAUUGGAAUAAAGUUCGGGGUGUUGUUGAACCCUAGAGGGAAGCAACAGGAGGAUGGCGGUAGCACUGAUUGA